GGAAAGGAGGAGGAUGGUGUGGGGGAGAUCUCUGACUGUGAGUCGGAGUCCUGCGCUGGGGAACCAAAAGAAUCAUCACCUAAACCCACAACGGUGAGUAAACUAGAGCUUUACUCAAACUUUACCAAUACUACAAAAAACAAUAAGAUAAAAUACUAUGUAUAAUCACAUCUAGAAAUACUAAAUAAAAAUGGUUUAUUGAAAUAAAUAAUAACUCAGACAUUUCAUAUUGUUGUUUAAGACAAAUAUACUAUUGCUAAAAAUCCAUUAUGCUACGCAAACAAUACCGUACACAAACAAUACUUUAAAGACUACAAAAAUGUACAGAGGCAAAUUACCGGGUAUGGCGUUAUAAGAGUUUCAGCCAUGUUCAAUGACACUAGGUGGUGCUAUGCACCUUACAGUGCGUUGUUUUGUUCCCUCUGCAUUUAUAUGACAGUGUGACAGUGCUGUGUUUACUAUUGUCUACCCCCAGUUUAAUCUAAUCUCUUCACUCAUGAGCAUAAUGGUAAAUAUGUGCACGUGUAUAGCAACAUGUCAAUAGCAUCAUGAUGGUUUCCCGUAUCAUACAGUCAGUAUGUCUGCAGGGCCACAUGGUUUGCCCAUUAGGCUAUACCUGAUAAAAUAUUCUACCACUAGGUGGAGUAUUCAAAAACAAACUGACAGAAUAGGUCUGGCAGGCCAAUACCAACAAAGUACAAUGCAGUACACUUUCCUCUGUAGCUCAGUUGGUAGUGCAUGGCGCUUGCAAUGCCAGGAUAGUGGGUUCAAUUUCCGGGACCAUCUGUAAGUAAAAUGUAUGCACGCAUGGCCUCCUUGUAGCUCAGUUGGUAGAGCAUGGCGCUUGCAAUGCCAGGGUUGUGGGUUCGAUUCCCACGGGGGGCCAGUAUGAAAAUGUAUGCGCUCACUAACUGUAAGUCACUCUGGAUAAGAGCGUCUGCUAAAUAAUGUAAAUGUAAGUUGCUUUGAAUAAAAGCAUAUUCUACACUGAGUGUACAGAACAUUAUGAACACCUGCUCUUUCCAUGACAUAGACUGACCAGGUUAAAGCUGUGAUCCUCACCUGUUAAAUCCAGGAUUUCUAAGCCUUGAGACAAUUGAGACAUGGAUUGUGUAUGUGUGCCAUUCAGAGGUUGAAUGGACAAGACAAAAUAUUUAAGUGCCUUUGAACGGGGUAUGAUAUCAGGUGCCAGGCGCACCGGUUUAAGUGUGUCAAGGACCACAACUCUGCUGGGUUUUUCACGCUCCACAGUUUCCAGUGUGUAUCAAGAAUGGUCCACCACCCAAAGGACAUCCAGCCAACUUGACACAAACUGUGGGAAGCAUUGGAGCAUCCUUAUGGAAAGCUUUCGACACCUUGUAGAGUUCAUCUCCCGACGAAUUGAGGCUGUUCUGAGGGCCAAAGUGGGUGCAUCUCAAUAUUAGGAACAUGUUCCUAAUGUUUUAUACACUCAGUGGUGUAUAUUUUAAGUUCAGGUCGUGUUCUAAAUUGUUACAGUUCACUAGUAGCGUUGCUGAAUGGAGCACUGUCUAUGUGGGGAGAGGGUAGGCCACGUUCCAAAACUGCCAGUAGCCACUUAACCAAUGUCCAUGUAUCAAUAAACAAAAAAAUCUAUUUCAGGCAAUAUACACGUUUAACCUACUUUUUCUGGAAGUUUUAAGUUUGUUUGUCUCUAAAGUUAUCUAUAUUUAAUUGUGGGAAGGGGGCUAUUCUUUAGUGCUGCCUGACCUAGGUUUACAUUGUUUACAUCAUGAGAUACAAACAGCCUAUUAGAUGACCCAUUAUUCAAUAUUUUACAUUCAACGUUGUUAAUGUGAUUGACAUAAGUCAAUCUGUUAUAUUUUAUGGCGGUAAUAUGUUUGUCUUUAGCCUACCUGCUCACAUGUAAUGACUGAACAGGGAAAGGAGGCUGCCUUUAUGUCAUGUGUUGUACAGUGGAGGCUUGCAUUAUGUCACUCUUCAGAAGUCAUUCAACAGUGUUUGUUAAAGGUUGGCCAGACACCUUGAGAAUGUACAAGGAGUGGUGUUCUGUUCACUCCAGUGUUUUCCAAAGUUCUAGAAUAUUCUAAUAUAUGGCUUUGGGAUUGUUCAACUAGCGGCCCACCCGUGGUCUCUACUGAUCCCCGCCCACUGACAUUUUGAAUGAUCAAUUAAAUCAUCGAUUGGUUAAAGCUUACAGGUAAGGAUGGAAAUAAUACUCUGACCCUCUUGAGGACUAGAGUUGUGUUGAACCCGCCAGAUGAGGAUUAAAGUGCCUUCGAGAAAGUGUUCACACCCCUUGACUUUUUCCACAUUUUGUUGUCACAUCCUGAAUUCUAAAUGAAUUAAAUUGAGAUUGUGUCACUGGCCUACACCCAAUACCCCAUAAUGUCGAAGUGGAAUGAUGUUUUCACACAUUUUUACAAAUUAAUAAAAAUUAAACAGCUAAAAUGUCUUGAGUCAAUAAGUAUUAAAUCCCUUUGUUAUUACAAGCCUAAAUCAAUUCAGGAGUAAAAUGUGCUUAACAAGGCACAAGUUGCAUGGACUCUCUGUAUGCAAUAAUAGUGUUUAACAUGAUUUUUGAAUGACUACCUCAUCUCUGUAUCGCACACAUUAAACUAUCUGUAAGGUCCCUCAGUCGAGCAGUGAAUUUCAAACACAGAUUCAACCACAAAGAACAGGGAGGUUUUCCAGUGCCUCGCAAAGAAGGGCACCUAUUGGAAAAUAAGUUAAAAAUUAAAAAAUUAAGCAGGCGUUGAAUAUCCCUUUGAGCAUUGUGAAGUUAGUAUUUACACUUUGGAUGGUGUAUCAAUACACCCAGUCACUACAAAAAUACAGGCGUCCUUCCUAACUCAGUUGCUGGAGAGGAAGGAAACCACUCAGGGAUUUCAUCAUGAGGCCAAUGGUGACUUUAAAACAGUUACAGAGUUUAAUGUCUGUGAUAGGAGAAAACUGAGGAUGGAUAAACAACAUUGCAGUUACUCCACAAUACUAACCUAAUUGACAGAGUAAAAGAAGGAAGCCUAAACAUGCAUCCUAUUUGCAAUAAGUCACUAAAGUAAAACUGCAAAAAAUAUGGCAAAGAAAUUAACUAUGUCCAGAAUACAAAGUGUUAUGUUUGGGCAAAUCCAACACAACACAUUACUGAGUACCACUCUCCAUAUUUUCAAGCAUAGUGGUGGCUGAAUAAUGUUAUGGGUAUGCUUGUAAUCGUUUAGGACUGGGGAGUUUUUCAGGAUAAAAAAGAAAUGGAAUGGAGCUAAGCACAGGCAAAAUCCUAGAGGAAAACCUGGUUGUCUGCUUUCCACUAGAUGCUGGGAGAUGAAUUCACCUUUCAGCAGGACAAUAACAUAAAACACAAGGCCCAAUAAUAGUGCUGAGCGAUUAGUGCUUUUUGGGGUCUGUUUGAUUUCUAUAAUUUGUUUUACAUUAAAUGCACUAUGCAUUAUGUGGGUUGAAUGUUGUAAACACUGAAUAAAACAAUUAAUAAAAGUCACAUGAUGGUAGUGACUGCCCAUUACUGCUUAUCACUUAACUGCCUAUGCUGUCUGACAAUCACUAUUUUACUAGUUCUUCAAAUAAACUUUUAUGACUGCUGAAUACCAACUAUCAAUCACUUAGAUCAUGUAUUUUCAGGCUCUCAAAGCAACUGCUUUCUAUCCCUCUCGAUCGCACAUUCCCUCUUCUCUCAGUCUCCAUGUCUGCUCAGCACAGACCGGACAGGUUUAAGCGGGAGUGCAAUGGAUUAGGGUCAUUGUUGUUAAUUACAAUGUUUCCUGCGCUAAACUAUGUCAAGUAUUGGCCUGUUGGAAACUACAAUGCCUUACUACAGGGUUCUUCAAUUCCGGUCCUGGAGGGCCGAAACACCUCUGUUUUUCAUCCUCUCCUUCUAAUCAGGGCUAAUUCAGACCUGGGACACCAGGUGAGUGCAAUUAACUACCAGGUAGAAAUAAAAAACGGAAGUGUUUCGGCCCUCCAGGACCGGAAUUGAAGAACCCUGCCCUACUACAUGACAAAGUUUAGUCUUCAUCUGAUUUAUCUCUACAGAAACUGCACAUCAAACUCAUAGAAAAAAAACAGAACUAAAUGGAAUUUCUGUGAAUUAGUUGUUUAAAAAAUGAAAAAUAACCAAAAUGUUGGUUAAUCGCUCAGCACUACCAAAUUGACACUGGAGUUGCUUAACAGGAAGACAGUGAAUGUUCCUGAGUGGCCGACUUACAGUUUUGACUUAAAUCUGCUAGAAAAUCUAUGGCAAGACUUGAAAAUGCUUAUUUAGCAAUGAUUAACAACCAAUUUGACAGAGCUUGAAGAAUUUUCAAAAGAAUAAUGUGCAAAUAUUGUACAAUCCAUGUGUGCAAAGCUCUUAGAGACUUACCCAGAUAGACUCACAGCUGUAAUCACUGCCAAAUGGGAUUCUAACAUGCAUUGCGUUGACUCAGGUGUGAAAUUUCAAAAAACACGUUUUCACUUUGUCAUUAUGUGGUAUUGUGUUAAGAUGGGUGAGAACAAAAAUAUAUUUAAUACAUUUUGAAUUCAGGCUGUAACACAACACAACAUUUGGAAUAAGUUUAGGGGGUAUGAAUACUUUCUGAAGUCACUGUGAAUUUAACUAAGGCGCUUAAGCCUAUGUUUUCAUGAAGAUACUGAAAUAUGUAUGGCCAACGAGAAGCUACCUAUAGGCCCUAGUUCUGUUGCCAGAGACUAUGUUAAAAGGAAUACUGUUGCUUGAGAUUGAUUGCUGUAUAAACACUGGAUUGGAGUUACAGUGGAUGGAUGUGUUGUCUUGACAAGUUAGAAUGUGCCUCUGAAGGAGAAAUACAGUCAAGGCUAUUUUCAUCAGGAAGCCUCAGAAGCAGGUAGUCAGAUAAUCAUCACCCCCACAGACCGUACAGCCACUUCCCCCUUACUUUCACAGCUGUUAUCAGCAUUCUGGGAGUCAAAGGUUACCUAUCUAACCUCCCUGAACUGGAGGCUUGUGGUCUGAGGCCUCACAGAAACCAAGAGAUGAUCUCAUAAGGCUGAAUCCACCUAACAUGAGAAACAUUAAAAGUUGAACGUUUUUCUUAAAAUCAAGCAUUGUCAAUGGGAGAUUUGCUUGUAGGUUUGAGUUAGCCAGAUACAGCCUAGGUUAUACUCUUGACAUGAAUGGAUGCAGACAUAACGAAGGCAAUCAUUUAGAAAGUAAACUGAACAAAAAUAUAAGUGCAACAUGCAACAAUUUCAAAGAUUUUACUGAGUUACAGUUCAUAUAAGACAAUCAGUCAAUUGAAAUACAUUUGUUAGGCCCUAAUCUAUGGAUUUCACAUGACUGGGAAUACAGAUAUGCACCUGUUGGUCACAGACACCUUUAAAAAAAAAAAAAAAGAAAAUAAGUAUGGCUGUUGAUCAAAAACCAGUAGUGGAAGAACUGGGACAUUUUAAGCUUCCAGGUAUUGUGUACAGAUCCUUGCAACAUGGGGCCUGCAUUAUCAUGCUACAACAUGAGGUGAUGGCGGUGGAUGAAUGGCACAGCAAUGGGCCUCAGGAUCUCGUUACGGUAUCUCUGUGCAUUCAAAUUGCCAUCGAUAAAUUGCAGUUGUGUUCGUUGUCCGUAGCUUAUGGCUGCCCAUACCAUAACCCCACCGCCACCAUGGGGCACUCUGUUCACAACGUUGACAUCAGCAAACCGCUUGCCCACACGAAGCCAUGCACGCUGUCUGCCAUCUGCCCAGUAGAGUUGAAACCGGGAUUCACCGUCAAGAGCACACUUCUAAGGCGUGCCAGUGGACAUCGAAGGUGAGCAUUUGCCCACUGAAGUCAUUUACAACUCCGAACUGCAGUCAGGUCAAGACCCUGGUGAGGACGACAAGCAGAUGAGCUUCCCUGAGAUGGUUUCUGUCAAUUUGUGCAGAAAUUCUUCGGAUGUGCAAACCCACAGUUUCAUCAGCUGUCCGGAUGGCUGGUCUCAGACUGUCCUUUAGGUGAAGAAGUCGGAUGUGGAGUUCCUGGGCUGGCGUGGUUACACGUGGUCUGCGGUUGUGAGGCCGGUUGGACGUACUGCCAAAUAUACUAAAAUGACAUUGGAGGCGGCUUAUGGUGGAGAAAUUAACAAUCAAUUCUCUGGUAACAGCUCUGGUGGACAUUCCUGCAGUCAGCAUGCCAAUUGCACACUCCCUCAACUUGAGACACCAGUGGCAUUGUGUUGUGACAACACUGUGGCCUUUUAUUGUCCCCAGCACAAGGUGCACCUGUGUAAUGAUCAACAUUUGAGAGAAAUACGCUUUUUGUGCGUAUGGAUAAUUUCUGGCACCUUUUAUGUCAGCUCAUGAAACAUGGGACCAACACUUAGCAUGUUGCGUUUAUAUUUUUGUUCGGUGUAAAAGCUAGUGUUUCCCUAUCCUAUUCUUAUCAGUGGCUAUCAGUUUCCCUUUCCUUUGACUAUAGUUUGGGUCAGAAGGGUAAGAGUUAGUACUUUCUACUCUCUGCAAAGGAUGAGAUGGUUACUGUCAAUAGUAAAUCAAACUGGAUCUAACAGGAAACGGACUUUGAGAUCUCAAUCCAAAAGGACAGAUUUAUUGUUCCGUAUAAAGCUGAAACAAAUGGCUCGGCUGACUUCACUUUAUCUGUGUUUGCCAGCGUAGUACUCUUUUUUUUUAGUUUUUAUUAUUGAUCUAGAACUGUGUGGUGGGUAGAGAGGAGGAGGAGCAUGCAUGGUUACAGUUUAUUUCAAUAGUAGAUUUGGCUAGCCAGCUACAUCCAAGCUCAAGCUAAACCUCCAAAGCCAAGACCUGGUUUCAAUAUUAUUUGAAGUAUUUUUCAAAUAGCUGUUAUUUGAUUGAGUGGAAUGGAACCAAUAGAAAAGUCCCAAAAGUACAAACUCCACCCACCUGGGCUGGCAUUCCAGGCACUGGCAGGCUAAAGCGAUCACUCAAACUAUUUGAAAGAGUUCAAAUAGUAUUUGAACCCAGGUCUGCCUCAGCUGUCAGCAGCCAACAGGGUUAAUAACCUGCACCCCAUCUGCGCCGUGCCAUCAGGGUUGUAAACUAGCCUUUUACUACUGUUGGUUCAGCAACAACAUGUCAGCUAGGAGGCAGAACCUGUCCCUCAUAGGCCGAGAGAGAGCAAUGUGUGAGCUGUGUACUUAUUUACAAUGCAUCCAGUGCCGUGCAGGCAGGGUGAGUGAACACAUUUUUGAGCACGGGCCAGGAACAUCGUGUUCCUGCUCUCUGUAGCUAGUUAGUGUGACAUCUGCUGGCACUCCGCCUAGCAGGGUCAAGUUGAAUCAAAUAAGAGAGCAUGCUGCUCGGCUGCUGCGUAGGCUGGGUUGGUGUGGGUGGCUAACAGGAAAAGGGGGCUGGUAUGCUGGUCUUGUCUGCACAUGACAGGGUGGAGAGUGUUUUGGAUUUUUCCACAUGGGAACUGAUAUCCUCAGGUGUGCUGUGUGUGACCAAUGAGACAGCGUUCUGUUAUUGUUAGUGUAACGGCUUGUUCCUUUUUGCCCACUCUUAAUUGUUCCACAUGCGUGCCUUAAUCCUCAUUGAUGACAGUUUAAGAGGGGUUUUUGAUCAUAUUGUUCAUAACACUUGACACAUAUUAGCAUUCAAGUGUUGGAUCUAAGAUGAAAACGUACUCCUUUGAAUGAAGGAAAAUACUUCUGCCAAAAGUACGACAUUUGGAAUUAACAUAUUGCACUGAUAUCAUGUUAUGAUGUGUAAAGCUCAUAAUAAUAGACUAAUCAUCCCCAGGUGACAGACACUGACAUCUCAGACUACCUGUCUGAUGGGGAGGGAGAGAGCCAUGACACCCUGACCCAGAACAGACUGGAGGCUGGGGUUGUGGCUGAUUGUCCUCUGCAGACUGGGUCUGGGGAAGGGGAGGGCAGCAGAAGGUCAGUCAGUAACUGGGUCAGGUCCGCUCAGGCAGCGCUGCAGACGCCCCAGAAACAGACUGACAGGAACUCCAAGACCCCAGAGGACUCCAACAAAAAGAAAAGGACAUUUCAAAGGUUUGACUUCUAAAGAAAAAAUAUUUUUAAGAAGCAUUUAUGAUCUCUCUCAUAAUAGGUUAGAUCAGGGGUAGGCAACCCUGUUCCUGGAGUGUACUGCAGGAUUGUGUUCCAACCACACACGACCAACUGAGCUAAUUGAUCAGUUCAGUGAUUGCCUAAAUUCAACACACCUUGUCUUCCAGGUCGGUUAAAUCAAAAUCAUUAAGUGCCAGCUGCAUUCCAGGACCAGGGUUGCUUACCCCUGGGUUAGAUCUUGGAUAAUGAGAAACAAUGAGGGAAAAAAUCAUCAUGAUCAUCGCGAGUCACAUACAUACACACACACACUGUCUGCAGAUGUUUCCAGGGCGAUGCUGCUGAUCAAAGGACCACCUGGGUGACAUCAUGUGGGUGCCAAAUGUCACUGUCAUAGUUAAGACCCUCGGAUAAGACAUCUUUCUCCACAGAGUAUCAUAACAAACUACUGCUUUGUGAUUCCUUUGUAUUUCUACAGUUGAUCAAAUAGAAUUGUAUUUGUCAAAUGCGCCGAGUACAACUGGUGUAGACUUUACCGUGAAAGGCUUGCUUACGAGCCCUUCCUAACAAUGCAGAGUUUAAAGAUAAGAAUAAAAUAGUAACACAGGGAAUAAAAUUAAAUACACAAGAAUGGAGCUAUAAACAGGGAGUACCAGUACCAGAUCAAUGUGCAAAGGUACGAGGUAGAUAUGUACAUGAAGGCAGGGUAAAGUGACUAGGCAUCAGGGUAGAUAUUAUUAUUAUUAUUAUUAUUAUUAUUAAGAGUAAAAUAUAGAACAGAGCAGCGGAAGCAAAUUAUGAAGGUUAGUGUGUGUCUGGUGUCGAUGCGCAUGUGUGUGUUAUGCGUAUGUAAUGUAUGUGAAUGUUUGUGGGAGUGUCAAUGUAUUGUGUGUGUGUGUGUGGUUUGUACACUGAACAACAAUAUAAAUGCAACAAUUUUACUGAGUUACAGUUCAUAUAAGGAAAUCAGUCAAAUGAAAUAAAUGAAUUAGGCCCUAAUCUAUGGAUUUCAUAUGACUGGGAAUAAAGAUAUUGAGCUGUUGGUCACAGAAACCUUUUUUAUAAAUGUAGGGGCGUGGAUCAGAAAACCAGUCAGUAUCUGGUGUGACCACCAUUUGCCUCAUGCAGUGCGAGACAACUACUUCGCAUAGAGUUGAUCAGGCUGUAGAUUGUGGCCGUGUGGAAUGUUGUGGCCUGGUGGAAUGUUGUCCCACUCCUCUUCAAUGGCAGUGCGAAGUUUCUGGAUAUUGGCGGGAAUUGGAAUGCUGUCGUACACGUCGAUCCAGAGCAUCCCAAACAUGCUCAAUGGGUGACGUCCUGUGAGUAUGCAGACCAUGGAAUAACUGGGAAACGUUCAGUUUUCAGGAAUUGUGUACAGAUCCUUGCGACAUGGGGCUGUGCAUUAUCAUGCGGAAACAUGAGGUGAUGGCAGCUGAUGAAGUGCACAACAAUGGGCCUCAGGAUAUCAUCACGGUAUAUCUGUGCAUUCAAAUUGCCAUCGAUUAAAAUGCAAUUGUGUUCGUUGUCCGUAGCUUAUGCCUGCCCAUACCAUAACACCACCACCACCAUGAGGCACUCUGUUCACAAUGUUGACAUCAGCAAACCGCUUGCCCACACAAUGCCAUACACGCUGUCUGCCAUCUGCCCGGUACAGUUGAAACCAGGAUUCGUCCGUGAAGAGCACACUUCUCUAGCGUGCCAGUGGCCAUCGAACGUGAGCAUUUGCCCACUGAAGUCGGUUACGACGCCGAACUGCGGCCUGGUCAAGACCCUGGUGAGGACGACAAGCACGCAGAUGAGUUUCCCUGAGACGGUUUCUGGCAGUUUGUGCAGAAAUUCUUUGGUUGUACACAAUGGUGUAAAGUACUUACGUAGAAAUAUUUUUUGGGGGGUAUCUGUACUUUCCGAUUUACAGUACCAGUCAAAAGUUUGGAAACACCUACUCAUUCAAGGGUUUUUCUUUAUUGUAGAAUAAUAGUGAAGACAUCAAAACUGAAAUAACACCAAAAAAGUGUUAAAACUAAUCAAAAUAAUGUUAUAUUUGAGAUUCUUCAAAUAGCCACCCUUUGCCUUGAUGACAGCUUUGCACACUCUUGGCAUUCUCUCAACCAGCUGGAUGUUUCUCCCAUCUCCACAGAGGAACUCUGGAGCUCUGUCAGAGUAGCCAUUGGGUUCUUGGUCACCUCCCUGACCAAGGCCCUUCUCCCCCGAUUGCUCAGUUUGCCCGGGUCGGCUGGCUCUAGGAAGAAUCUAGGUGGUUCCAAACUUCUUCCAUUUAAGAAUGAUGGAGGCCUGUGUUCUUGGGCACCUUCAAUGCUGCAGAAAUGUUUAGGUACCCUUCCCCAGAUCUGUGCUUCGACAAAAUCCUGUCUCGGUGCUCUGCGGACAAUUCCUUCGACCUCAUGGCUUGGUCUUUGCUCUGACAUGCACUGUCAACUGUGGGACCUUAUAGACAGGUGUGUGCCUUUCCAAAUCAUGUCCAAGUAAUUGAAUUUACCACAGGUGGACUCAAAUCAAGUUGUAGACACAUCUCAAGGAUGAUCAAUGGAAACAGGAUGCACCUGAGCUCAAUUUCGAGUCUCAUAGCAAAGAGUCUGAAUACUUAUGUAAAUAUUGUAUUCAUUUUAGAAUAAGGCUGUAACGUAACAAUGUGGAAAAAGUCAAGGGGUCUGAAUACUUUCCGAAUGCACUGAACAAAAAUAUAAAUGCAACAUGUAAAGUGUUGGUUUCAUUAGCUGAAAUGAAAGAUCCGAAAAAAUGUCCAUAUGCACAAAAAGCUUAUUUCUCUCAAAUUGUGGACAAAUUUGUUUACAUCCCUGUUAGUGAACAUUUCUCCUUUGCCAAGGUAAUCCAUCCACCUGACAGGUGUGGCAUAUCAAGAAGCUGAUUAAACAGCAUGAUCAUUACACAGGUGCACCUUGUGCUGGGGACAAUAAAAGGCCACUCUAAAAUGUGCAGUUAUGUCACACAUCACAAUGCCACAGAUGUCUCAAGUUUUGAGGGAGCGUGCAAUUAACAUGCCGACUGUAGCUCUGGUACCAUUUGCCGGACGGUAUCAAACAGUCUAUAGCUUGGAUGCACAGCACAGAAUAAUGUUCACUUCUUAUAAAUCGAUUUUAAAGUAGCUUAGCCUGUAUUGAGCGCUAUUUAUACAGUAUUCUUGAGGAUAUUGAAGGUGGUGUGUGUUUCCUACAGUGGCGGCCUGGCGGAGCGACUGAACCGACUCCAGUGCAGACAGAGGUCAGCCAUCAGCUUCUGGAGGCACCAGUCCAUUUCUCACACUACUACUACUACUACUACUACUACUACUACUACUACAGCCACAGGUAAUACAGACAACAAACAAACGCACAAGUCUGUGUCUUACACCACUAAAGUAGGGCUGGGAAUUGCCAGGGACCUCACGAUACGAUCAAUAUGAUAUUAUCAUGACACUUUGGUGCCAAUACGAUAUGUAUUGUGAUUCUCAUGAUCCUAUAUGUAUUGCGAUUCGAUACUGUGAAUUUAUUGCGAUUCGAUGUUCCAAACAUAUUGCUCACCAUAUGUCUGCUGCAGAGGGACAAGAGAGAGCCAUGAGAAAACGAGUUUUGAUCAGUCAUGGAAAUAAAAGUGCUGAAAACAAAUGGUCUCUGUAUUUAAAAAGAAUAUGGAGAACAAGCUAUGAAGGAAAAAUACUGAACUUUUGGUAAAGAUACAACCAACUAGCGCAAAAAUAAUGCGAUUUGUCAAAACUAUGCGAUAUAUUGUCAAAAAUAGUAUCCCGAUAUGUAACUGUAUUGAUUUUUUUCCUCUCCCAUCACUACACUAUAGGCACAGGUAUUAGGCUACAGAGUUUGUUUUAUUUUAAAUUGUAAAAACUGAGAAACAACAACAAACAUGCAGAGGUGAAAUGAAACAUAAUGUGCACGGUGAGAAUAGAAACCCAAAAGGGCUUAUGAAAGGGUCACCGUUACCACACAUUCCUACGUAUGCUAAGUAUUCUCCGUUAAUGGUUCAAGAUUAACUUUGAUUUGAUGCUCUCUCUGAGACAGAAGUCAAUCUCUCAGGCAGGUGUGAUUCUCUGCGCAGAUCUGUGGUCACGUGAAGACUGGAGCGUGUGGAGGAAAUGCUGGUUGCUCGUUGAUAAUUGUGGCAGCAGUGAAUUUGGUUCGUCGGGGCCAGUACGUAGGUGACAGGAAGCACUCUGCUUGCUGACUUGUCUUUUCUUUCCAUGGUGCUACCAAAGCACGAGUCUACCCUCAUUAUCAUUGGCUCCUAGAUAAUUAGGUUAAACCACUAUUUUAAUGUGACAGUUGAUCGUGGAAAAACACAACCCUAAAAACGCCCACCUUUUCCAACUCGUGUUCAGUCAGUAGGUCAGUUAGUUGGCUUGGUUGUCUUUCGUCGGAGUGAGAGAAGAACUUGUAGAAGAUAGAAUGUUAAAUUGAAGAAGUUUGCUCUAACUUGGCCUCAUUUUUAGAAUCAUGUGACAUCUAGUGUGAGUAUUUGGCCCUCAUCCUGGAUCAUAACAAUGCACAUAAGUGUGCUAUACUGCAUACUAGUGUUGCCACUUUUGUUUGUUGACUUUCUCACAUUGAUUUAAGAGCAUCUACACAAACAAUAACACCGGCAGUUAUUUCAACACAACUAGCUUGAGCUAUUAUUAGUGCUGAGCGAUUAACAACUAAAUGACCAACUUAAAUUGAUUAUUUGUAUUUCAUUUAGUUCUUAUUUUUUAUUUUUUGUGCACUCUGGAUCAAGCACGAACUGUGUGAUUUAGUAGGGAGUUGUAGUUUCCAACCGGCCAAUAUUCAACAUAGUUUAUAGCAGAAAACGUGGUAAUUAACUACAUUGAUCAUAAUCCAUUGCACGCCUACUUGUCCGGUCUGUGUUUCUUUUAGCCUGCUACAUAUGAGACAAGAAUGCGCAAUCAAGAGGGAUAGAGAGCAGUUGCUUUGCAAGGGACAGUAUCUCUACCUGAAAAUAGUGAUUGAUAGUUGGUAUUCAGCAGUCAUAAAAGUAUGCCUUAUUUACUUUGAAGAACUAGUAAAAUUGUGAUUUUGUCAGACAGCAUAGGCAGCAGCUCUAUAGAGAUGAGAUGAUGACUUGCAAUUAAAUAAUAAAGUCAUCAAAUAAAACAAAGUGAUUAGCAGUAAUGGACUGUCACUACUAUCAUGGAACUUUUAUUAAUUGUUUUAUUCUGUGUUACAGCAUUCAACCCACAUAAUGCAUAGUGCAUUUAAUGUUUGUAACAACAAAUAAUAAUAAUAAUCUAAAUACAUUUUUUAUUUUUUACUAAUUGAACUGAAACCGAACCGGCCUCAAAAAGCACUAAUCAGCACCAGCUGUAGCAAACCUGUUCAUUCUCACAAGAAUAAGCUGUGUGUGUGUGCGCACAAGUGUCUGCGUCAGUCAUUGAUGUUAUUCCUUCACACACUAUUCCACUUUAGAUUUAUUUGUUUAUUGCAGGUCAGAAGGAGGACUCCAUUCAGUCUGUCCUGUAUUCACCUGCCCACUAAUAAAGGGUUCAUUAUCAUUGUUAUAUACUGAACACAAAUAUAAACGCAACACGUAAAGUCAUGUUUCAUGAGCUGAAAUAAAAGAUCACAAAUGUUAUUUACAUACAAAAAGCUUAUUUCUCCAAUGUUGUGCACAAAUUUGUUUACAGCCUUGUUAGUGAGCAUUUCUCCUUUGCCAAGAUAAUCCAUGCAUCUCACAGGUGUGGCAUAUCAAGAAGCUGAUUAAACAGCAUGAUCAUUACACAGGUGCACCUUGUGCUGGGGACAAUAAAAGGCCACAGUUUUGUCACAACACAAUGACACAGAUGUCUCAAGUUUUGAGGGAGCGUGCAUUUGGCAUGCUCACUGCAGGAAUGUCCACCAGAACUGUUGCCAGAUAAUUUAAUGUUAAUUUCUCUACCAUAAGCCACCUCCAACUUCGUUUUAGAGAAUUUGGCAGUAUUUUCAACCGGCCUCACAACCGCAGACCACAGGUAACCACGCCAGCUCAGGACCUCCAUAUCCGGCUUCUUCACCAGCAGGAUCGUCUGAGACCAGCCACCCGGACAGCUGUUGAAACUGGGGGUUUGCCCAAACAAAGAAUUUCUGCACUAACUGACAGAAACCAUCUCAGAGAAGCUCAUCUGCGUGCUCGUCAUCCUCACCAGGGUCUUGACCUGACUGCAUUUCGGCGUUGUAACCGACUUCAGUGGGCAAAUGCUCACCUUCGAUGGCCACUGGCAUGCUGGAGAAGUGUGGGGGAGUAUUUCUGUCUGUAAUAAACCCUUUUGUGGGUAAAAACUAAUUCUGAUUGGCUCCCCCGUGGCCCACCCUAUGCCCUCCCAGGCCCACCCAUGGCUGCGCCCCUGCCCAGUCAUGUGAAAUCCAUAGAUUAGGGCCUAAUUCAUUUAUUUCAGUUGACUGAGUUCCUUAUAUGAACUGUAAAUCUGAAUUUUUGCAUGUUGCGUUUAUAUUUUUGUUCGGUAUAGUAUGUCUUAUGUGUGCCAAACGGAGGAACAUAUCUCUGGAUAUGAUACAUGUUCUAACAAUUCCUUCCACUUAGUGCUGGUGUUGAUGAACCCUCCUGUUGUAAAUCCUCUCAGGCAAAUAUCAGUGAUUGUCACAUACUCCAACAUAGAGCUGCCUUGUCUUGCAUUGAAUUGGAGCGCACUAAUAUCGUCAUGAUUCACAUCACAAACAGCAUGAUACAGUGGGGAGAACAAGUAUUUGAUACACUGCCGAUUUUGCAGGUUUUCCUACUUACAAAGCAUGUAGAGGUCUGUAAUUUUUAUCAUAGGUACACUUCAACUGUGAGAGACGGAAUCUAAAACAAAAAUCCAGAAAAUCCCAUUGUAUGAUUUUUAAGUAAUUCAUUUGCAUUUUAUUGCAUGACAUAAGUAUUUGAUCACCUACCAACCAGUAAGAAUUCCGGCUCUCACAGACCUGUUAGUUUUUCUUUAAGAAUCCCUCCUGUUCUCCACUCAUUACCUGUAUUAACUUCACCUGUUUGAACUCGUUAACUGUAUAAAAUACACCUGUCCACACACUCAAACAGACUCCAACCUCUCCACAAUGGCCAAGACCAGAGAGCUGUGUAAGGACAUCAGGGAUAAAAUUGUAGACCUGCACAAGGCUGGGAUGGGCUACAGGACAAUAGGCAAGCAGCUUGGUGAGAAGGCAACAACUGUUGGCGCAAUUAUUAGAAAAUGGAAGAAGUUCAAGAUGACGGUCAAUCACCCUCGGUCUGGGGCUCCAUGCAACAUCUCACCUCGUGGGGCAUCAAUGAUCAUGAGGAAGGUAAGGGAUCAGCCCAGAACUAUACGGCAGGACCUGGUCAAUGACCUGAAGAGAGCUGGGACCACAGUCUCAAAGAAAACCAUUAGUAACACACUACGCCGUCAUGGAUGAAAAUCCUGCAGCGCACGCAAGGUCCCCCUGCUCAAGCCAGCGCAUGUCCAGGCCCGUCUGAAGUUUGCCAAUGACCAUCUGGAUGAUCCAGAGGAGGAAUGGGAGAAGGUCAUGUGGUCUGAUGAGACAAAAAUAGAGCUUUUUGGUCUAAACUCCACUCGCCGUGUUUGGAGGAAGAAGAAGGAUGAGUACAACUCCAAGAACACCAUCCCAACAGUGAAGCAUGGAGGUGGAAACAUAAUUCUUUGGGGACGCUUUUCUGCAAAGGGGAAAGGACGACUGCACCGUAUUGAGGGGAGGAUGGAUGGGGCCAUGUAUCGCGAGAUCUUGGCCAACAACCUCCUUCCCUCAGUAAGAGCAUUGAAGAUGGGUCGUGGCUGGGUCUUCCAGCAUGACAACGACCCAAAACACACAGCCAGGGCAACUAAGGAGUGGCUCCGUAAGAAGCAUCUCAAGGUCCUGGAGUGGCCUAGCCAGUCUCCAGACCUGAACCCAAUAGAAAAUCUUUGGAGGGAGCUGAAAGUCCGUAUUGCCCAGCGACAGCCCCGAAGCCUGAAGGAUCUGGAGAAGGUCUGUAUGGAGGAGUGGGCCAAAAUCCCUGCUGCAGUGUGUGCAAACCUGGUCAAGACCUACAGGAAACGUAUGAUCUCUGUAAUUGCAAACAAAGGUUUCUGUACCAAAUAUUAAGUUCUGCUUUUCUGAUGUAUCAAGUACUUAUGCAUGCAAUACUCAUGCAAUAAAAUGCAAAUGAAUUACUUAAAAAUCAUACAAUGUGAUUUUCUGGAUUUUUGUUUUAGAUUCCGUCUCUCACAGUUGAAGUGUACCUAUGAUAAAAAUUACAGACCUCUACAUGCUUUGUAAGUAGGAAAACCUGCAAAAUCGGCAGUGUAUCAAAUACUUGUUCUUCCCACUGUAUACAGUGGGGGAAAAAAGUAUUUAGUCAGCCACCAAUUGUGCAAGUUCUCCCACUUAAAAAGAUGAGAGAGGCCUGUAAUUUUCAUCAUAGGUACACGUCAACUAUGACAGACAAAAUGAGAAAAAAAAUCCAGAAAAUCACAUUGUAGGAUUUUUAAUGAAUUUAUUUGCAAAUUAUGGUGGAAAAUAAGUAUUUGGUCAAUAACAAAAGUUUCUCAAUACUUUGUUAUAUACCCUUUGUUGGCAAUGACACAGGUCAAACGUUUUCUGUAAGUCUUCACAAGGUUUUCACACACUGUUGCUGGUAUUUUGGCCCAUUCCUCCAUGCAGAUCUCCUCUAGAGCAUUGAUGUUUUGGGGCUGUCGCUGGGCAACACAGACUUUCAACUCCCUCCAAAGAUUUUCUAUGGGGUUGAGAUCUGGAGACUGGCUAGGCCACUCCAGGACCUUGAAAUGCUUCUUACGAAGCCACUCCUUCGUUACCCGGGCGGUGUGUUUGGGAUCAUUGUCAUGCUGAAAGACCCAGCCACGUUUCAUCUUCAAUGCCCUUGCUGAUGGAAGGAGGUUUUCACUCAAAAUCUCACGAUACAUGGCCCCAUUCAUUCUUUCCUUUACACGGAUCAGUCGUCCUGGUCCCUUUGCAGAAAAACAGCCCCAAAGCAUGAUGUUUCCACCCCCAUGCUUCACAGUAGGUAUGGUGUUCUUUGGAUGCAACUCAGCAUUCUUUGUCCUCCAAACACGACGAGUUGAGUUUUUACCAAAAAGUUCUAUUUUGGUUUCAUAUGACAUUCUCCCAAUCCUCUUCUGGAUCAUCCAAAUGCACUCUAGCAAACUUCAGAUGGGCCUGGACAUGUACUGGCUUAAGCAGGGGGACACGUCUGGCACUGCUGGAUUUGAGUCCCUGGCGGCGUAGUGUGUUACUGAUGGUAAGCUUUGUUACUUUGGUCCCAGCUCUCUGCUGGUCAUUCACUAGGUCCCCCCGUGUGGUUCGGGGAUUUUUGCUCACCGUUCUUGUGAUCAUUUUGACCCCACGGGGUGAGAUCUUGCGUGGAGCCCCAGAUCAAGGGAGAUUAUCAGUGGUCUUGUAUGUCUUCCAUUUCCUAAUAAUUGCUCCCACAGUUGAUUUCUUCAAACCAAGCUGCUUACCUAUUGCAGAUGCAGUCUUCCCAGCCUGGUGCAGGUCUACAAUUUUGUUUCUGGUGUCCUUUGACAGCUCUUUGGUCUUGGCCAUAGUGGAGUGUGACUGUUUGAGGUUGUGGACAGGUGUCUUUUUUAUACUGAUAACAAGUUCAAACAGGUGCCAUUAAUACACGUAACGAAUGGAGGACAGAGGAGCUUCUUAAAGAAGAAGUUACAGGUCUGUGAUAGCCAGAAAUCUUGCUUGUUUGUAGGUGACCAAAUACUUAUUUUCCACCAUAAUUUGCAAAUAAAUUCAUAAAAAAUUCUGAAUUUUUUUUUCUCAAUUUGUCUGUCAUAGUUGACGUGUACCUAUGAUGAAAAUUACAGGCCUCUCAUCUUUUUAAGUGGGAGAACUUGCACAAUUGGUGGCUGACUAAUUACUUUUUUCCCCCACUGUAUGGUCAGUGUUACACGCACACAUUACAUUGAGCUGAGUCACACUCUGCUUAUUUGUCUAUGGCAGGUUUGUUUGAAUUGGGACGUUGGGUAUGUUUUGUUCUCUAGAGAGCCGCUCUCAGCUUGCUGGAUGCGGCAGGCACACAAGAUUCACCCAAAAGCAUUUGCAAGAACCUCACUGAAUGGAUGAGCUUUCCAGUUGCUGCAUUUCAUUACAGGAUCAUAGUUAUAGCCUACUUUAUUCAUUCACAUAAUCACUCUCAUAAGAGAUAUCUCAUCAUGAGUGACACUUAGUGAAACUGUAAUGAAUAUUUUUUUCAGAUUCAGGAAGUUAAUUUCUAUUGAACUUCCUUAAUUGAAAACUGAAUUGACCCUAACCAUGCGAGACGAGUGACCCCACACAGACACUCACAUCCCACACCAUCUGUGUUGUUCUUGUCUGUCCUCCAGUGAAUAAGCCUGGGGUGCUGGUGCUGGAGGUCCUGUCAGUCCAGGAGGAGAGCUGCAUGCAGCUGGCCCUGUGUGAGCAACACCACCCCCCUGCUACAGGCCACCACAGGCCUUCAUCCAACAGCUCCACCACUACGACAAGAGCUGACCAGCACAACCCCUCUGCUACACACCACACCCCCCCUCUCUCCACCAAAAGCAGAGCUCGGGUCCUGGUACUGUUCAAUAAGGAGACGACUGCCCAGCUCAUGCCUGCGCCUAGAGACCUCAUCCAUAUAUACCCACCAUGGUGAGAGAGCAUUAGUCUGCAAUAGUUAGUAAUGCACAGUUAUGGUGUCAAGGAAUCACUUUAAUAUUAAAAGGGGAAAUGCCCAAGUCAUUAUAUGUUAUCUACACAUCUUCCUCAUGCAGCAAAACUAUAGUCAUAAAAUUGCCUGCACUUGUCUUUUCCGACUAGCACUGACUUCGCUGAUAAUUACUUUGAGGGAAAAUGUACUUACUUUGACUGUGAUGUGGUUGUCUCACCUAGUUAUCUUAAAGGGAUAGUUACCCAAAUUACAAAAUGAUACAUUGGUUUCUUUACAGUGAGUACGUUUACAUGCACAGUAAUAAUUCUAUGUUAAACUGAUUAUGGUAGUAGGCAGAUUAUUCAAUGGUCAUCUAAACACCUUACUCUGCUUAUUGUAAUCGGCGCGAGGUCAAAAUCGAAGUAAGCAUAUGGCGAUUAAAACACCUGGUUUUCUGAGCAGUCUUUAGAAUUAUUAGGACAUGUAAACACCUUAAAAGGCGUUCCAGCUGUGUAUUUGAUCUGUACGUGUGCUAGCACCAGCCAAACGAGCCUCCCUCUUUAGCGCAAGUGAAGAGUUCAGAACAACUGAAUGUAUGGGUCUUUAAAAGUAGUUUUCACAUACAAACUUUGUGUCCGAACUCCGAAUCACAUAUGCUUCCCAAAUAUAACAUUGUCGCUAUGGUAGAAUGUUUAUUUAGAUUUUCUUCAUUUAUCAGAAUGCCAUCUUGUAGCCUGAUUUCAGAUGUGUCCAUGCCAUGUAAGCAGGAUUAUUAGGGAAAUCGUUCUUCUUGCAAAGCAUGUAAACGCUUUAAUCAACUUAUUAUAUUAAUCUCACUAUCCGCAAUAAUCAUAUUAUUGUCUGCAUGUAAAAGUACUCACUGUAAGCAGUCUAUUGACAAGGUAUGACAACAAUUCAUGCUUUGGUUUAGUUUCCCUGGUACUGUUUCCACAUGCUGAAGUUUUAGCAUUUCUGGCACAAAUCCCAUUCAAGUCAUGGGACUGAUAUUAGCAUUUUUCAUGCUUCAUGUCCAAAUCAUCCAAAAGUAUCUCAAAUUGAUUGUGAAACGCAACAAAGUCACUUAUACAGUGCAUUUGGAAAGUAUUCAGACCCCUUCCCUUUUCCACAUUUUGUUACGCUACAGCCUUAUUCUAAAAUGGAUUAAAUAACACAUUUUCCUCAUCAAUCUACACACAAUACCCUAUAAUGACAAAGCGAAAACAGCUUUUUAGAAAUGUUUGCAAAUGUAUUAAGUAAAUAAACGGAAAUACCUUAUUUACAUAUUCAGACCCUUUUGCUAUUGAUCAUCCUUGAUGUUUCUACAACUUGAUUGGAGUCCACCUGUGGUAAAUUCAAUUGAUUGGACAUGAUUUGGAAAAUAACACAUCUGUUUAUAUAAGGUCCCACAGUUGACAGUGCAUGUCAGAGCAAAAAGCCAUGAGGUGGAAGGAAUUGUCCGUAGAGCUCCCAGACAGGAUUGUGUCGAGGUACAGAUCUGGGGAAGGGUACCAAAAAAUUUCUGCAGCAUUGAAGGUCCCCAAGAACACAGUGGCCUCCAUCAUUCUUAAAUGGAAGAACGUUGGAACCACCAACACACUUUCUAGAGCUGUCCACCCGGCCAAACUGUGCAGUCGGGGGAGAAGGGCCUUGGUCAGGGAGGUGACCAAGAACCCGAUGGUCACUCUGACAGAGCUCCAGAGUCCCUCUGUGUAGAUGGAAGAACCUUCCAGAAGGACAACCAUGUCUGCAGCACUCCACCAAUCAGACCUUUAUGGUAGAGUGGCCAGACGGAAGCCACUCCUCAGGUACCUUUUGGAGUUUGCCAAAAGGUACCUAACGGAUUCUCAGACCAUGAGAAACAAGAUUCUCUGGUCUGAUGAAACAAACCAAGAUUGAACUCUUUGGCCUGAAUGCCAAGCGUCACGUCUGCAGGAAACCUGGCACCAUCCCUACGGUGAAGCAUGGUGGUGGCAGCAUCAUGCUGUGAGAUUGUUUUUCAGCGGCAGGGACUGGGAGACUAGUCAGGAUCGAGGGAAAGAUGAACGGAGCAAAGUACAGAGAGAUCCUUGAUGAAAACCUGCUCCAGAGUGCUCAGGACCUCAGACUGGGAGCGAAGGUUCACCUUCCAAUAGGACAACAACCCAAAGCACACAGCCAAGUCUACGCAGUAGUGGCUUCAGGACAAGUCUCUGAAUGUCCUUGAGUGGCCCAGCCAGAGCUCGGACUUGAACCCGAUCGAACAUCUCUGGAGAGACCUGAAAAUAGCUGUGCAGCGACGCUCUUCAUCCAACCUGACAGAGCUUGAGAGAAUCUACAGAGAAGAAUGGGAGACACUCCCCAAAUAUAGGUGUGCCAAGCUUGUAGUCUCCCGAGUGGCACAGUGGUCUAAGGCACUGCAUCGCAGUGCUAGCUGUGCCACUAGAGAUCCUGGUUCGAAUCCAGGCUCUGUCGUAGCUGGCUGUGACCGGGAGACCCAUGGGGCGGCGCACAAUUGGCCCAGCGUUGUCUAGGGGAGGGAAUGGCCAGCAGGGAUGUAGCUCAGUUGGUAGAGCAUGGCGUUUGCAACGCCAGGGUUGUGGGUUCGAUUCCCACGGGGGGCCAGUAUGAAAAAAAAAAAAAAAAAAAAAAAAAACAACAAGGUAUGCACUCACUAACUGUAAGUCGCUCUGGAUAAGAGCGUCUGCUAAAUGACUAAAAUGUAAAUGUAGCGUCAUACCCAAGAAGACUCGAGGCUGUAUUCGCUGCCAAAGGUGCUUCAACAAAGUACUGAGUAAAGGGUCUGAAUACUUAUGUAAAUGUAAUACAGUGCUAUGAAAAAGUAUUUGCCCCCUUUCUAAUUUUCUCUACUUUUGCAUAUGUGUGAUACUGAAUGUUAUCAGAUCUUCAACCAAAACCUAAAAUUAGAUAAAGGGAACAUACGUGAACAAAUAACACAACAAUUACAUAUUUAUUUCAUAAACAAAGUUAUGCAACACCCAAUUCCCCUGUGUGAAAAAGUAAUUGCCCCCUUACAGUCAAUAACUGGUUGUGCCACCUUUAGCUGCAAUGACUCCAACCAAAUGCUUCCUGUAGUUGUUGAUCAGUCUCUCACGUCGCUGUGGAGGAAUUUUGGCCCACUCUUCCAUGCAGAACUGCUUUAACUCAGUGACGGGUGGACUUCAUGUAGACUUGAUUGUGUGUUUUGGAUCAUUGUCUUGCUGCAUGACCCAGCUGCGCUUCAGCUUCAGCUCACAGAUGGAUGGUCUGACAUUCUCCUGUAGAAUUCUCUGAUACAGAGCAGAAUUCAUGGUUCCUUCUAUUAAGGCAAGUCGUCCAGGUCCUGAGGCAGCAAAGCAUCGCCAAACCAUCACACCACCACCACCACCAUGCUUGACCUUUUGGUAUGAUGUUCUUACUGUGGAAUGCAGAGUUUGGUUUUCGCCAGGCAUAAUGGGACCAAUCUUGUCCAAAAAGUUGACUCAAGUUUGCCAAAAAGCACCUGGAUGAUCAUCAACACACUAUCAAAUCUACAUGAAAAUUGCUAAAAAGCAACAAAUUGGAAGUUUUGGAAUGGCCUAGUCAAAGUCCAGACCUAAUCCCAAUUGAGAUGUUGUGGCAGGACUUGAAACGAGCAGUUAAUGCUUGAAUACCCACACGUCACUGAGUUAAAGCAGUUCUGCAUGGAAGAGUGGGCCAAAAUUCCUCCACAGCAACGUGAGAGACUGAUCAACAACUACAGGAAGUAAUUGGUUGGAGUCAUUGCAGCUAAAGGUGGCACAACCAGUUAUUGAGUGUAAGGGGGCAAUUACUUUUUCACACAGGGGAAUUGGGUGUUGCAUAACUUUGUUUAUGAAAUAAAUAUGUAAUUGUUGUGUUAUUUGUUCACUUAUGUUCCCCUUAUCUAAAUAUUAGGUUUUGGUUGAAGAUCUGAUAACAUUCAGUAUCACAAAUAUGCAAAAGUAGAGAGAAUUAGAAAGGGGGCAAAUACUUAUUCAUAGCACUGUAUUUUUGUUUUUUAUUUUUAACAAAUUAGCAAAAAAAAUCAACUGUUUUUGCUUUGUUAUUAUGGGGUAUUGUGUGUAGAUUGAUGAGGGGAAAAAACAAUUUCAUCAAUUUUAGAAUAAGGCUGUAACGUAACAAAAUGUGGAAAAAAUCAAGGGGUCUGAAUACUUUCUGAAUGCACUGUAGAUUAUUUGAAUAUGAUGCAUGAAAAAUGCUGAUAUCAGUCACAUGACUUGAAUGCUAAAUUGUUAGCAUGUGAAAACCGUGCCAGGGAAACUAAACCAAACCAUGGAUUGCUGUCAUACCUUGUACAUAGACUGCUUACAGGGUAAGGAAACCAAUGUCAUUUUGUAAUGUUAAUUUGGGUGAACUUUCCCUUUAAGAUAAUACACUAAUUGUAAGGCGCUCUGGAUAAGAGCUUCUGCUAAAUGACUAAAAUGUUAAAUGUAAAUAUCACUUAUAUUUUUUAAUAUAGGCCUACCAGUAAUCUCUAUUUCAAAAUGUGUAAUAACGGGAUACAGGAACUUAUGUAGUGCUGUAGUGUAUACACAGUCAGAGUAGUUGGUGUGUGAAGUUGUUUUGGAGCAGGAGCAAGGCAGAGGCUGGUUCCAGCUGUUGGGGGUUUAGUUUGGGAGUCCAGCAUGCAGCUCUGGAAUAUCCAGGCUUGGGGCUGGCCUGGCGGAGGUCCAAGGGCCUACUCGGUGCUCUGACGUCGAAAGCUGCUCCAGGGAAUGCUGCUUCAGAUUCCUCUUCCUGGCAGUGGAGUAGUUAGGUCAUUUCCAGCAAGCCGGCCCGGGAAAAAACACACAGGUUUUUUUUUUCUGGAGCAUUUGGGAACAGAGUGGAAGAAGUCAAGAGGACAUAAUUGAAAACACAUGCUGCUCUGCUGCGCGCGCACACACACACACACACACAGCGUAGUGUAUCAUUGGCUUAGCAAUAUUAUAGCAGUUCUCUUACAUCUGUAUUGUUUUACACCAGCAGUGGAGAAGAGUAGUCUCCCGCUGACUGUUAUUGAAAGCAAAAUAAUUUCUGCAUUUAUACUGAACAAAAUAUAAAGGCAACAUGUAAAAGAGUUGCUUUCAUAAGCUGAAAUAAAAGAUCUCAGAAAUGUUCCGUACGCACAGAAAGCUUAUUUCUCUCAAAUGUUGUACACAAAUGUGUUUACAUCCCUGUUAGUGAGCAUUUCUCCUUUGCCAAGAUAAUCCAUCCACCUGACAGGUGUGGCAUAUCAAGAAGCUGAUUAAACAGCAUGAUCAUUACACAGGUGCACCUUGUGCUGGGGACAAUGAAAGGCCACUCUAAAAUGUGCAAUGCCACAGAUGUCUCAAGUUUUGAGGGAGUGUGCAAUUGACAUGCUAAUUGCAGGAAUGUCCACCAGAGCUGUUGUCAGAGAAUUGAAUGUUAAUUUUUCUACCAUAAGCCGCCUCCAACGUUGUUAUAGAGAAUUUGGCAGUAUCUCCAACAGGCCUCACAACCGCAGACCACGUGUAACCACGCCAGCCCAGGACCUCCACAUCCGGCUUCUUCACCUGCGGGAUCGUCUGGGACCAGCAACCCGGACAGCUGAUGAAACUGAGGAGUAUUUCUGUCUGUAAUAAAGCACUUUUGUGGGGGAAAAACACAUUCUAUUUGGCUGGCCAUGGCUCCCCAGUCAUGUGAAAUCCAUAGAUUAGGGCCUAAUUUAUUUAUUUAAAUUGACUGUUUUCCUUAUAUGAACUGUAACUCGUUAAAAUCGUGGAAAUUGUUGCAUGUUGCGUUUAUAUUUUUGUUCAGUAUAGAACCCACAAUCUGCUCUUUUAUACCCAAUUUCGUAUUUUGAUAAUGAAAUAUAGACCAACUAUUCAACCUAGCUUAUUUGCCCAUUGCUGGACCUCGUAGCUAUUCAUUCAUUUAGAACAGCCAAAAGUGGAAAAACCCAGGAAUUCAUACAUUUUACCAGCAUUGCAAAUUUUAUCUUUUGUCUAUCAGCUUCCUGUGUGUCACUUUAAUUGUUCCCUCCCCCAUACUCCUUCACUGAGUGGGCCGGCCCCUCCCGUCUUCUGCCUCCCACUCCUUGUGAGUGGGCAGAGAGCACAGCCAGCAGCGGAGCGGAAAUACCUGCAGACAUUAUUCACCUUACAGUCUCUGACGACAGCAGGCACUCCUUAACCUAAAGUACCUGUCUAAUGACACGUAGUGAACAUGUACUAGUUCCCAACAGUCACCUGCACUGUGCAGGGUCACACUUCCUGUUGUUCCUUUAGGAUAGCCUUGACACUAAUAGAUUAAAUGUAGAAAACAGGUUUUUCAAAACCUUGAUUCUGACACUGAGUGUGCUGAAGCACCCUAUUUAUAUUGAGGCUUUAUUAACAUUGAGGAAUCUUAGGCUAAAUUAUAACAAUUAUAUAAACUAAAACAAUGCAUGUGUGUAAGUAGUGUAGUUUGUGCACUUGUUCACUUCCGGACAACAUUUUAAAACAAUCUAUUCUUUAUAAAUUCCUGAUGAUCGACAUUACCAGAAAUGUGCACCUUCUGAAUAUUAGAUAACACAUUUUUUAAAGUGUACUCAAUUACCUCAUAUCAAAUGUGUUAUAUUGAAAGCAACUGUAGCCUACAUUGUAUAAAGUGUGAUUUAUUAUCCUGGCUCAUCCAUCAUAUCACCAGUCAGAGGCAGGCUGGGACAUGUAAGCCUACCUGGAGCCACAGAGACUGCAGUUGGCCCUGAGUCAACUAUAAGCCAUGUUGUUAUUACCUAUGUCACAUCAAAAAAUAAAUAUUGAGUCAGAACUUAGUAUCAUCCACAUAGUAAAUACUUAGAGAGAUGAUGCGAUCAAAAUUAGAUGGAAUGUUUUCAAAGGAUGGAUAUUGCCUGUAAAAUUAUUGUUCAGAUGGGCGUGAAGUGAAUAUCCACGAUAAGCUGAAAUGCAUGACUGUUGAUUGAAUUUUUUUUUUUGAUUAACCUCUUUACAUGCAAAGGAUCGUCAAAUGACGUGCAAUGCACACAUUUCCUUUCUAUUUUUUGUCAGUCCCAACUGAAAUGUACAUAGGCUAUUAUUCUGAAAUUGAAUUGGGCGUGUUAUCAAAAUAACAGGAAGAAAGAAAGUGUUAACAAACACACAAAAAACCAGAGCUUUGGAUCGUACUGUGAAGCAUGUUUGGUCAGGCUUGCCGCUUUUCACAGUAUCCUGAACAGCCUGUCUGAAUUCACGGUUGUGGAAAAGAAAAGGGCAGCUUUCUAUACAGUGAAAGAUUCCAAACUUAUCAGUUCAGUUGUAUUUUUCCAUGGAGUGUGGGGGCAGGCUAACCCACCUGAAUCUGCUAUGUGCCUGGGGGUAGGGUGUUUAGAGAGUGAGGAGACUGAUGGAGGUAGAGGCGGCUGCCUGCUUAUCAAUCCAUCUACAUUUGACAUUCAUCAUACAUCUUCUUCAGCCUUCCUGCCUCUGCAGUCUUAUGCAAGAACAGAGCCCCCCUAAAUCUAUACGUUUAGUUUACUCAACCUUUCCACUCCUUUUAACCUGAAUAUUGCGUCUGUGAGAGAUGACCGAGUCAAAUUCCAGCUAUAGUUUUCUGUCAAUUUACUAAACAACAUUUGGUAUUACACAACUUAUGCUCUGUAUUUCAAAAUGAUCCCCCCCCCUUUUUUUUUCUCUCUACAGGCAAAGUCUCAUGAUUGAGGGUCAACAUAAUACCAUUAUUCUCAACACACACUUCAGCCAGAAGGUCUACUCUGACACCAAACAAACCAGCAUGUCCCUCCCCAGAGCCCUGGUCCCAGUAGAGAGAUGCAGCCCAUACUCUCUGACCAGGUCAUUUGGUCAGCUUGAGAUCAACAAGACCUCACCAGAGGGAGAUGGCAGAGUCAAACAGGUGGGUUGGGUUUCACUACAUUUACUGGCAGAUAUUCCACCUUGGAUGGACAAUGAAGUUAUAUUCUGUUGAUGUUAACCCAGGUUUGAUUAGCCCUAUCAUUUUGGUCUGCACUCUACACAGUCACAAUUAGUACCAGUGGGGUAAAGUACAGUGUUGGCUAACCUGCUAGGUUCAGUCAGUGUCUCAAAUCUUAAUUGAGUAACACAACUAUUCCACUAUGUUUGUUCAGGUAAAAUAUGAUGUCCUGGUCCAAUAAGUGUUUUUUUUCCCCCUCUCUCCAAAUUUCUGCCCUCCAGUCUUUAUGCGGCCGGGGAGGCCCAGGUGCAGCCAGCAGGGGAGGGUGUGACUCCCUCCUAGAGACCAUCGAGGGCCUGGGCCAGGCUGGGUCGGUGGUGCAGGACGUAGAGGUGGUGGUCCAGAGGGUUUACUGUACCCCCAUCAGGGAGCGCUCCACUGGGGCUUUACUCAAGUCCAAAGGCCCUGGCAGAUCCCCUACAGCGCCGCCUCCUCUCCAGAAGGGCAAGAGCAGGUAG